ACGUCAAUUCCAAAGCUCCUCUUUUCUGAUCACCACGUUUUUGUGGUUGUUGAUUAGCUUUUACUGAUAGGUUCGACACCUUGAGAGCCCUUCCACAACUUCCCUGUGAUCCUGAUCAGUUUAAAAUGGCCGCGCUAGCGGCUGUGCGUUGCGUCGCCAUGUCGUCGUCGCAGGCUCUGCACGCGAGCAUCGCCCCGUCGUCGCAGCACCAGUCGUCGCAUGGAGUCGUGGCGUCGUGCGCGCGCGUGCAAGUCGGCGGGAGCUGCACCGAAUCGUCGUUCCUGGGAUGCUCGAGGGUGUCGGUGGGGAGGAGACAAGCGGGAGCGAAGCGGAUGGUAACGAGGAUGGCGCCAGACGAAGAGAAGAUGACCAAGCGCUCGCCGCUCGACUUCCCUGUGGAAUGGGAGCGGCCCGCCCCCGGGCGGAGACCGGACAUUUUUCCGCAGUUCUCGCCGCUGAAGCCGCCGCUGCCGCAGCCGCCUCCAGCGGACCCGCCGUACGAGGAGGAGGAGGACGAGGAGCGCAAGGACCCCGAGAUCGACCCCGACAAGGACCCCGACCAGCCGCCGCCCGAGGAGUAGCGCGCCGGGGGGGGGGGAGGGGGUGGGAGGGGAGGAAGUUGGGGGAGAUGGGGGGUAGGGCAGCAGGGAAAGCGGCCAUGGUUGUCGUUUGGGAUGAGAGUGGUUUAGAAAUGCCUCAUGUGUCGGCUUGGCCGAAGCAAGCGGCCAUCAGCGUGACUAGAGCAGGACUCGAGGCCGUGACUAGUAGCGGAGUUUUCCGUGUGUGUGUAAUGCUGGUCGGAAGCCUGAGAGAGAACGGAGCUGAAUGUGGCACAGGGAGCUCUGUAAGCAAGCCGAGGAGGGGUUUUCCGGUUGACUCAUGUGAUUAUAUGCCCUUUGUUGAUGUAGUUUAGUCCCUAUUUUUCAUCAAGUUCUGGCAGCUACUGAAACCG